AUGUUCAGAGGUGCCUUCAAAUACGCUCAAGGAUUUCGUCUCAUCUCAUCUUUCCGAAUAAUCGGAGCCGGCCUGUCAGGGCUCCGUUGUGCCGAUAUCCUGACUCAGAACGGGGCUCAGGUCACCAUUCUCGAAGCUAGAGAUCGAAUUGGCGGGAGGGUUCUCCAGGGCGAAGUUGGAGGUCAUGUAGUUGAUAUCGGUCCCAACUGGAUUCAUGGUGCGGGGGAGAACCCGAUCAUGACCAUUGCCGAGGCGACACAGACAACCUUCAAUGAUCCCGAGGGCAAGGUUCUUAUCGUCUCGCGCGAUGGACAUCCUCUCGAUGCAGACACUGCAGUAAAGAUCUCAAAUUUCGUGUGGAAGACCAUCGAUGAUGCGUUCUCGUAUAGCCGUGAAAAUUCAGAUCGCAUUCCUUCCGAGCGAAGUCUGUUCGACUUCUUCGCGGACAAAGUCCAAGAAACGGAUUUUACCCCAGAAGAAAAGCAGUAUGUGCUGGAUUCUUCCAAAUUAUGGGGUGCCUAUGUUGGCGAUUCUGUCGAGCGACAAAGUCUCAGAUUCUUUCAUUUGGAGGAAUGUGUUGAUGGGAGUAAUUACAUUGUUUCCUCGACUUACAAGCGCAUCUUGGAGUAUGUGGCCAAGCCAGCGUUGGCACAUGCCUCUAUCAAACUUGAGCAACCGGUGGUGAACAUCAAUGCUCCCAUUCGCGAUAUUAUCAAUGCCUCCAACCACAAGGUCACCGUGACCACAGCCACAGGAGAUCACUAUGCCUUCGAUGAAGUAGUAGUGACUUGCCCACUAGGCUGGCUGAAGCGUAACACAAGCGCAUUCACCCCCGAACUCCCAACCAGGCUCCUCUCAGCCAUAGAUAGCAUCUCAUACGGCCGUCUAGAGAAAAUCUACGUUACUUUCCCGCGCGCAUUCUGGCAACUUGCAAGCAAGCAGCCAAAUGUGGCACAGAAUGAGGACUUGGUCUUCGCCCAAUUCCUCGACCCAGCCUACGACAACCACCCAUCACACAUAGAAUGGAAGCAAGAGUGUCUCUCCUUCGCCUCUCUCCCAGAACCAUAUUCACACCCCACUCUCCUCUUCUACACAUAUGGUGCCUGCGGUGCAGAAAUAGUUGCUCGAAUCGCAUCACUAGACCCUACUUCGGCGGAAUAUAGAGAUGCGCUGAUCCAAUUCGUCGAACCCUAUUACUCACGACUACCGGGUUAUUCACCCGCUUCGCCUGACUGCGUGCCUAGAGAGCUUCUUGGUACGCGCUGGGGAGCGGACCAGUAUGCGGGGUAUGGGUCAUAUAGUAAUUUCCAGGUCGGGUUGAAGGAGGGUGAUAGGGAUAUUGAGACGUUACGUUCUGGGGCUGGGGUGCAUGCAGAGCGCGGAUUGUGGUUUGCUGGUGAGCAUACUGCGCCGUUUGUGGCGCUUGGUACGACAACUGGUGCUUACUGGAGUGGUGAGCGCGUUGCGGCGCAGAUUUGUGAGAGUCGUGGAUUGGAGAAAGCCGACUUAGAUGGAUUAAGUCGGUGGAUGAAAGUCUAG